ACAGUAGAUGUCGACUAUCUCCAGGGAUCUCACGAAGAAGAACAGGUUCAAUCAGGAGUUUUAGAAGUAACGUUAGCUAAUUUGGUCGGUCACUGUGGGUAAACAAGGCUCCAGCUGUAUAUACAGAAUUACAGGAAACACCUUGCACCUGUAGUUAGGUGAACAACAACAGACUGUAGGUUACAUAAAGCUUUGUUCUGAUUGUACCAGGAAGCCUUGGAGACAGUACUCAGACAGGGCAGUCCAAUGUAACGUUAGAUCGUUUUUUUUUUUUUUUGUUUUCCCUUUGAAGACAAAUGAUUUUGAGUCAUGGAUCAAGCUGUUAUGGACAGUCCUGUAACCCUUGUCAUCAGGGCACCCAACCAGAAGUAUGACGACCAGACCAUCAACUGUUACCAGAACUGGACAGUGGAGAAACUCAAAGCACAUCUGUCAGACGUAUACCCAAGUAAACCAAGCUCUAAAGAUCAGAGGCUGGUGUAUUCUGGGAAGCUGCUUUUGGAUCACUUUACUUUAAAAGAUGUGCUCAGAAAGCAGGAUGAGUACCAUAUGCUCCACCUGGUGUGUGCGUACCAUAUGCUCCACCUGGUGUGCGCCUCACGAACACCUCCUAGCUCCCCAAAGCCCCCCCGCAGCCACGGUAACAAGCCUCGGGAGAACUCGGACCGUCCCACGCCCCUUCAAAAUUCAAACAGCCCUACUACAGGCCAACAUAACCAGUCAUCUACAGAAGAAAGCAGUAAUGGUCUCAGACAGCGAGCAGGGCCCUUCUUUUACAACCCGAUGUAUCCACAGUUUUUGCACAGCUGGAAUCAGCACUCCCAGUUGUCGACUCCUCCCGCCAACAUUCCCUACUAUUACAACCCCAUGACGCUAAUGUGGUGGCAGCAGAUAUACGCCCGGCAGUACUACAUGCACUAUCAGUCACUGGCUGCCUCCUCUCAGCACCUCAGGCAGGACCAGAACCCGACACAGUCUAACCAACCCGAUCCUCUAAGCCAGCGUCCUCAAGUGGAUCGCCGUGGCAACCCAGAGGUCCAGAUGAACGCCCAGGGAGGGGAGGUCCUGAACGAGGAAGAGCUGAACCGGGAUUGGCUGGACUGGGCCUACACACUCUCACGUGCUGCGAUCUUGCUCAGCAUAGUCUAUUUCUACUCGUCCUUCAGCCGAUUUAUCAUGGUGGCGAUGGCCAUGCUGGUGCUUUACCUGCACCAGGCUGGCUGGUUUCCCUUCAACCUGGAGAAUGAACUCCAUCUCCCUGGAGACAGAGCCCAUCAGGAUGAUAUGGAGGGAGAGCUACCAAACCACGACGUACAGGAAACGGAAGGACUGAUGGAUGACGACUCAGAUGAUGAACAGGAAAGUGGAGAGGAGGGAGCAGAAGAUCCAAACAGCACCCCCCACGCGGGCUUCCUGUCCUCCACGUGGUCCUUCAUCGUAACAUUCUUCAUGUCACUCAUCCCAGAAGGACUGCCAAAUGCUGCAAACUGAACCACAAGCACCGUGAGCAGCCACAGCACCACGUGAGCACACUCUUUAAGAGGACAAAUAUUGUACCUGCUUAGGGAAACUGUUUGUCUGUUGCAGUGCAGUGUUAUAGUUUCCCAGUAGUCUUCUUAAUCCUAUAUUUUGAGCCAAAACACAAAGGACUGAUUUAUCCUGAAAAGAGAAAAAGGUCACUUUAUAUUAAUUUUUUGUUUGCACAAAGGAAACAACUUGUCAAACAACGGUUGCUUGGAUUGCUAGUGAUGCCUUGUAAACAUAGUAAUGCUUCUGCCAAUGCACUGUUCCUAUAAUUUACACAGGAAACAUGAUUACAUACCUGCUUGUGUUCACCAACCUCAGCAUCUUUUUUUUUUCUUCUUUGUAAGAAGCUACAAUAUUUGUUUAGUUUUACCUGAAUGGUGGUUGAAUACUAAUAAGAAAGGGACAGGAAGUUAUUAUGAAUCAUGUAGUACUGUGGAAAAAUGAGUGACUUGAAGAGUUCAUAAGAUAUUUGAACACAUUGUAUAGUGUGUUGUAGUAUGACCCAGAGUGAUGAGUCAGUGACUGUACCACACUUGUCUCAGUCAACCUGAAAGAACCGAAUGAGACGGGGGAAAAAAAAACAAAACAAAUCUUCCACCACCAAUGGAAUAUCAAACAGGGUGGUUGAUGUGCUGUGACUUCAGUAAUUUGACUCUGAGGAGACUGGAGACACGUUUUCUACUGUUAAAUAAAAAUAAAAACUGCCACAAUGCAGAGUUCAGGUAGGUAUCUCCCACCUCUCCAGUUUGUGGAAAUGUCUCCUGCUGUUACCGUUAACGUGUACUAAUAUUAAUGUCUAUUAAGCCUACCUUUGUGGUAAUGUCAUGUGUUAAUCAUUUUAAGCUCUCACUUAAGCAAAGAGCAACACAUGAUCACAAGUAACGAUAUAACCGUGCAGAGCCAUGAAGAGUCAUUCUUAUAGUGGCUGGCAUUUUAAAUACAUUUUUGGUUAAGAAGAAUAAUUUGUUAGAUAUUUAUGAGAAGUAUAAUCAUGACACUGUAAUGCAUCUUUUGUGGCCGUUAUCAACAGGAAAAUUUGGCAGCUUUGGGUGAGCAUAAAUAACAUUAAAAGAGCAAUUUCCCACUG